CGCUGCCGGUGUUUUCUAUGAUUGGCAUGGUCGGAGGUCUCCUGCAGUCAUCAGGGCAUCUGGAGUGAUUAUGUCCUUUUCAAGACACUUUCAUCAGUUGUACAGUGUGCAUUUGAACUGGAAGUCAUCUGAGGAAGAAGCCAGAUAAUCUUGAAACCUACAAGAAAAAAUUGCCAUCAUGAAGAUGUCAAAAAGUGGUUCGGGUUCUGGUACCAUCAGUGAUACCAGAACAGAGCUAGCAGAGCUGGUUAAGAGAAGAGCAGAAAUUGCAGACAACUUAGCUUCCCUUGAAAGACAAAUUUAUGCCUUUGAGGGCUCCUAUCUAGAAGACACUCAAUUGUAUGGUAAUAUUAUUAGAGGGUGGGAUAGGUACCUUGUUACAAAUAAAAACACAAAUGCAAAGAAUGAUAAACGCAACAGAAAAUUCAAAGAGGCUGAGAGACUAUUUAGCAAAUCAUCAAUUACGUCCAUGGCUGCAGUCAGUGGCAUUGUGGAACCCUUAGGUGAUCGAGUCGGGGACAACACAGACACCAAUGAUAUUAAUUCUGGGAGUGAAGACAAUUCCAAAGACUCUGUCAAUCCAGGAGUUAAUGGAGAUUCAUCUCGUGACAGUUCAGUGCUGCACAAAGUUGCAAAAAGUUCUCACAAGAUUAAGAAAAGCAGCAAGAAAAACAGGCAUCGAUGAAGGAGUUUGGGCUGUGGCUCAGGGCAGAGGGUCAGAUAGGUUCAGCUUGGUGCUCAUGCAUUAACUUUUUUGCUGAGGGUUCAGCAUAUGGAAAAAGCAAAAUGGAAAUUGGAAUUAUCUUGAAAACCUUUGGUUUUUGCUACUGAUACUUCCUGCAUACAGGCACAGAUGUGUAUUCAUGGGUUUUAUUAAUUCAUGUGAUACUGAUGUUAAAAAGGUAGGCAUAGUACUUUGUUUCAUGAAUUUUUAGCAUUGAUUACUGCCUCCAAACUGUUCCGAUAUUUUAUUUCCAAAUGCAACCAGUAUUUGGUGUUUGCGCAAAGAACAUGGAAUUGAUUUUCAUUCGCGAUAUUAUGUACCUUUAUCCCCCAUGGAUGCAGGCUCAGAAGUGGAUAUUUAUAGCUUUUAAAUGAUGCUAUUGUGGAAUUUAUGUCUUGUAUAUUAUUUUUUUCUCUUUUCCAUUUUCAAGAUGAUAAGGAUAAGGUUACUUUGCUGUAUUAACAUGCAUUGUAAGUGGUACAAAUUAUGUUUUAUGAAUAAAUAGUGAUUUGGUAAUGGUU